GCUCCAUUUAAUCUUAAUCUCAUUUGUAAUCAUUCACUUUCCUUAACAAAACAAAAGCAAUAUAAAAUACAGCGGCAGGUUGAGUCAAAUUUGACCUUUAUUACCCUCAACGUCUCUAAACACAACCUUGUGUUUCCCCACGCAGAAAAGAACUGGUUUGACUUGUUGGUGGUUACUAGGGGCAUGAAGUAUAGGCUUUCCUCGUGUAGUGUCAGAGUUUCCAAGUGAAACUUUGAGAAGGAGUUUUGUUUAAUCCGGGUCUCCGAGUCGAGUGGCACGUGGAGGGAAACAUCUUUCCAAACGUCUGGAUGCGUUUACGUGUAAUUUAUUGUUUCCUGUGAGCCGCGGCACCUUUUGUCUGAACUUUUCAUCGCACCAAUGAGAGCUUGAGAUCUUUAAUGGGGUUUGUGGUUAGAGGUCAUGAAGACGACCAACGGUGAAGAGAAAGCACCAGCUUAAAGGGAUUCACGGAUUCAAGGUUUCUCAAGGAUCGCCUGACGGUGUACACAGAGAUGGCCAUGGUGAGCGGGGGAUGGGCCAACCCCAACGGCAACGCUAAUGGACUUAGUGAGAAGGGUUACCUGCGGGGGGAGGAGGAGGGCAGCUCGCCCCGGGCGGGGAACAGCGAUGCGGAGGGCGUCGAGGAGGACAAGGCCUGCGUGGUGGACUGCGUGGUGUGUGGGGACAAAUCAAGUGGAAAGCACUACGGCGUUUUUACCUGCGAAGGGUGUAAGAGUUUCUUUAAGAGGAGCAUCAGACGUAACCUCAACUACACCUGCAGGUCAAACAGAGAUUGUCAGAUUGACCAGCAUCAUCGUAACCAGUGUCAGUACUGUCGACUGAAGAAAUGCGUCCGGGUCGGUAUGAGAAAAGAAGCUGUCCAGCGUGGCCGCAUUCCUCCCUCGCACGCAGGCAUCAGUCCAGCCUCAAUGGUCGGAGUUGGUGUUGAUGGUGGAGGAGCUCCAGGCAUGGGUGGAGAUUUUUUCAAUGGUCAGCCGGUAUCUGAACUGAUCUCUCAGUUGUUGAGAGCAGAGCCGUACCCCAGCGGCCGUUACGGAGCCCAGUGCGGCCAGCAGCUCCCGGGAGCCAACACCUCCGUCAUGGGCAUCGACAAUAUCUGCGAGCUGGCGGCCAGGCUGCUCUUCAGCACAAUCGAGUGGGCCAGGAACAUUCCCUACUUUCCCGAACUGCCCGUGUCGGAGCAGGUGGCCCUACUUAGGCUUAGCUGGAGCGAACUGUUUAUCCUAAAUGCUGCUCAAUCCGCCCUGCCCCUCCACACUGCCCCCCUGUUAGCAGCUGCUGGUUUCCACUCCUCCCCAAUGCCGGCCGACCGCGUCGUGUCCUUCAUGGACCAGGUGCGGGUCUUUCAGGACCAGGUGGACAAGCUGGCGCGACUGCAGGUGGAUUCAGCCGAAUACAGCUGUCUGAAAGCCAUCGCUCUCUUUACACCAGAUGCGUGUGGGCUGUCAGACCCGGCACACAUCGAGAGCUUACAGGAGAAAGCUCAGGUAGCCCUGACCGAGUACGAGCGCAUGCAGUAUCCGGGUCAGCCCCAGCGUUUUGGCAGACUUCUUCUCCGCCUCCCCGCCCUGAGGGCCGUGCCCGCCAACCUCAUCUCCCAGCUCUUCUUUAUGCGGCUGGUGGGCAAGACGCCCAUCGAAACGCUCAUCCGGGACAUGCAGCUCUCCGGAAGCUCCAUCGGGUGGCCGUAUGUGCCCGGACAGUAAAUGAACAAUCGGAGGGCUUGUUCCCAUAUUUUACCAUCUCAGGCUUUUUCUCCACGAAUUCACAGUAACUGCAUGGAGAGAUGUUGGUUUUGUGUAUCGGGUCUUAUUGAUUAUGUACAUACUGAAUGACUUAAAUGUUCCUAUGCAGUUGAUAACUCACUCUUUCAGCAUCAACAGUUCAGUGUGCUAAUAUGUGACCCAAAGCUUUAAAGAAGUGUUAUAAUGCCUACUUAUGGAGAGCAUAGUAAACUAAUUUAAAGGUAGUAAACUACUACAUUUAGCAUCUUUAUAAAGGACUGCAAAGUGCUCGAAAGGUUGGGAUGUAUACAAUAUACUUGAAGAUUCAACAGUGUUUGGAUUCGAAUACUUGCAUACUGCACAGCACUGUAUAUUGCAAACUAUUUUUUAAAAUAGUAUGGGACACUGUAUGUGAUAUGCAAGGUACAUGGUUCAAAAUGUAGUAAAGUAUGCUACAUUAAUGUCACAGGACCUUAUUGUGUUGCAUGAUAAAUGUGGUGUUCAAAUAUCAUUUAAGACAUGGCUAUUUUACAUUUGGAAGUUUGUGUGAACAGGUAUAAAAAUACAGUAUUGGUGAAUGUACACCCUUUUAAAAAAAGUACACAAAGGGUGCAUAUUAGUACCUCAAAUGUACAUAUUGGUACUUCAAAGAUACAUUAUGGAACCUCAAAGGUCCAAUAUGUACCGAAAUGGUACAUACUAGGACCUCUUUAAAGGGUACCGCCCCAGCAUUUGUACCUUUAUUUCUGACAGUGUGGAAGGUCAUCAGAAAAUCUCAUACAUUUUUUUUAAUACUAUGCAUAGUAUACACACUAUAUACUGCAAAAAAAGGAGGGAUAUUGUUGUGUGCUAUUCUGAAUGUCACCUAUAUGUUUUGGAUUGUCUUGUUCUAUUCACUUUUUUAUCUGGGCGAAUAAUUGGGGUAAAGUUUUACAUUGCUGACUGUGGACAGCAUCAAAUAUUUUUGCAUACUAAAAAUAAAAAAAUGAAUGACACAAGCUCUUAUGUAAAACCAUUUGUAAACAAACUUGCAUUUUCAUGACUGUAUUGAAAAAAUAAAUAAACUGUAAACAAGAGAAAAGAG